AUGCCUCCCAUCCAUUUAUUACAGCACAGCAGCAGCUGGCAGCCUCAACCCAAACUUUCUGGAUCAUUCAGAGGAGCAUCCACAGGGAAUGUCAGGAGGGAGUUUGCAACAAUUCUUGUUGGAGGUGGAGCCACCGUGACCGCUGUUACUGCGGAGUCAGCUUCAAGUCCAGCAGUAACAGACGAGCCUCAGGAGUCAAUGCCAGACUCGCUGAAGCCAGAGGAUAUCCAAGAUGUGGAGUCAAACAUAGGUCCUGACCUGCGCCAGCUGAUUAUCAGUAGAAUACGGAAUGGUGGCAAUGGACCCGAACUUGAGGUGUUCUCGAAUGUUUCAGAAGAUGAUUAUACAUACAUUUUGGAUGUUAUCAGAUUAGAUUGUAGUGUGAUUCGCAAACUGAGAUACAUUCCCCGUCUUCAAAAACUCAUUGCCACCCUGCCUUCACCAAUACAUGAAGCGAUCCUGGUGCCUUUGCGCACUGCAAUGGGGAUUACCAUCGACUCCCUUACCAUCCCUGAUGACUUCGACAUUUCCUUGCCUAUCCACAUGGCACGUAUGUUAGAUGCGCCCGCCACAUCGGAUCUACCUCCCGAUGAGAGCUACCGGCUCAGGAUCCCAGACUUAGUCCUAAUGCUCCAGACACGCGAUGCCGAUAUCCUUCCACUAUGGCCAUUUGAGGUAUCUGUCUCUGAGACCUCCGAAAGUGCUGUUGGGAGGCUGCAGACCUAUGGCGAUCGGAACAAGAACAUCUUAGCUGCUACUCACAUCAACAUCGUCGAAGCCCGGACACAUGUUCCACCCACAUAUGAGUGGGGCAUUGAGAAGGGGUUUGAUCAGAGGGGGAUUCAGAUCAAGGACUUGACACACUUGGAAGAUGGUGGGGUCGCGUCGCUCUCUCAUACGUGGUACCACCCGACAACAGUCACUAUCACCACGUGGAUCCGCCCUCCCAACAAGUGCUUGAAUCUGAACUCUCGUCAGUGUGCAUAUUAUACUACUGCCUUACUCUACCCUAAUCAAGACAACAAGGGCCUACAGAAAGUCGAAAGGAUAUUCAAACGCACGCUGGAGAUAGUCCGUGAUACGGUUGUCAGCCACCUACAGACUGUCCACGAGCAUGACCAAGUGCUCCUGUCCUCACUCCAGGUUGUGAGGGACUGGUCCCCACCAAGUAAACUACUUAACUGGGACAAAUGCAACAGGGAUCUUUGGGCAGCAGCGAAGCAGAUGGGAUUCGACCGGUACCACAUGUGGCACCGCAGAUUCCUCAAGCGUGUUGCCGAUGAAGAGUAUGUCCCGAGUGCUGGACCGAGCAAGAGAGCGAAGCGCGCAUAGUAUGUGUCAUUCAAAUUUUCAAUCUCUUUUAGCUUUCAAAUUGUACUACAUAGUGUCUGUAAGUUUUAC